ACGUAUGCCUCUUUAUAAUGGGAUGGCGUAGCAGACAGAUUGCCGGGCUCGGUAGCGCGAGCCUGUGACCUAAGCAGGGGCAUUAAGGCGGGAUCGGAGGUUGCAGUGGUGGAAGGAGGAGGAGGGCGGACUUAGUCCGAAACCCGUGCUGAACUUGGCCCCACAUCAGGGAUUCUAGCUCGAUUGUCGAGCGGAUUGGAAUCGAGGCUCUCAUAGAGAGAUGAACCGGCUCGUUUGACGAGUUGCGGGAUGGCGUCGUGGUCGUGACCUUUAAUUAAGGGUUGUGUCUGUACACGUUAAUUGCUGGCUUGGCAGAGCAGCAUGCGCCGAUACAGGGGGGGCCAUGUUGACGACCCACAGUCGGGGGUGGUUUAAGCCCUGUUCUCUUCGAUUACCUCCACUUCAACCGAACCUCGACCUUUUGCUAUUUUCAUUUUCUCCUUCCACCUUCCACAUUACCCAUAUAGACGUUAGCUCUACUAGAAUUUUAUUGAGGGGAAUCUUUUUGGUUCUUCUAGUUUGCUUGAACAAUUCUUUCUUCCAUGGAAAAUUGAAUUAUAUGCACUGUCAUGAAUUGAGUUUUUCUCUCUUGAUUUAUUGUGGUUAAAACGAAUAAUUAGAUUAGCACAUGUCGAUCUUUGUUGAGGCUGAGCUGAUAAGACUUUUUAGGAUAGGUGUAGAUAAUAUAAUAUGAGAUUCUUUCUCCAAAAUUAUUUCCAAUCUUAUGCUGGCUGCAAUUUUGUGUAGGAGAAUAGUGAGCGCGCCCAGAAAAGAUGGUAUCUUUUCCCUCUCCUCCUCCCGCAAAUCACACUCCGACGGCGGCGGAGGCGGCGGCGCAACUUUCACCAUUUCAUACCUCACCAAGUCAUGUGGGCUAUCCUUGAAAGACGCCGUCUCCGUCUCCAAGAAACUGCGCAUCAAAUCGCGACACAACCCAGAUGCGGUGUUGGAUCUCCUCACCGAUUUCGGAUUCACAAACGCCCAAAUCUCCAAACUCGUAACCAAAUGGCCCCUCGUGCUCCAAUCCCACGCCGACGAAACCCUUUUGCCCAAACUCGAAUUCCUCCGCUCCAUCGGCGUUCCCGCCGCCGUCGCCGCGCAGAAGCUAACGGUGUAUCCCAUGAUUUUACAGCGCAGUCUCGAAAAUUCUCUCAUCCCAACUUACAACUACCUGAAGAAUCUCCUGCAAUCCGAUAAAAAGGUAGUCAAUGUGUUCGCGCGAGCUCCGAGGGCGUUCGUCCACGGCUGCUGCGGCGAGAUGUCUCGCAACAUCGCGAUCUUGAGAGAGCGAGGAGCGCCGGAGUCUUCGAUCGCGUUAUUGCUCAACAACCAGCCGUCACUGCUGAUGCUCGGCGGAGAAGCGUUCGCGGCGCUCGUGGAUCGCGCCGUUGAAAUGGGAUUCGAUGUGUCGAAAGUGAUAUUCGUUCUUGCACUCCAAGUGUUUGCGAAUAUGUCUGAGUCGACUCUGCAGCGGAAGAUGGGUGUUUACAGGAGGUGUGGUUGGUCCGAAUCUGAGGUGAUGGCUGCAUUUCUAAAGCAUCCGCUUUGCAUGAAUCUGUCGGAGAAGAAGAUCAAGGCGAGCAUGGAGUUCCUUGUUGGUGAAGCUGGAUUCGAGGCGGGCGAUGUUGCUCGAUGCCCCGUUCUUCUCGGUUACAGCGUGGACAAGAGGAUGAGGCCGCGCUUGAUCGUUACUAGGAUGUUGGAGGGGAAGGACUUGUUGAAAAAAUCCACUAGUUUCAUAUAUUUGUUGAUGAUGUCUGAAGACAAGUUCGUCAAGAGGUAUAUUCUUGAGAAUCAAGACCACAUUCCUCACUUGCUUGAUGUAUACCGCGGCAACGUUUCUGUCGAGAUUUACGGCUUAUUUCUUGGAGAUGGCGGCGGCGGCGAUGCUGGAGGCCAAUCUUUGACCAUCUCUUACCUCGUCGGCGCGUGUGGGCUGCCGGAGAAGGCCGCCGUCUCUGCAUCAAAGAGUCUGUGCAUCAAAUCCCGAGAAAAUCCAGCCGCGGUGUUGGAGCUCCUCAAAGACUACGGAUUCACAGAUUCCCAAAUUUCGAGGAUCGUUAGUAGAUGGCCGCGCGUUCUGCAAUGCAGCCCCGACAAAACCCUGAUGCCGAAGCUCGAAUUCUUCCGCUCGAUCGGCGUUCCCGAUUGUAUCGCGGCGCAGCGCCUAUCUGUCUUCCCUAGGAUCUUACAGCGCAGUCUCCGAAACCAUCUCAUCCCCUCGUAUAAUUACUUGAAAGUAUGGGUGCGAUCCGAGGAGAGGGUGGCGAUCGUGUUUAAACGCGCUCCGUUGGCGUUUUCGAGCGGCUGGUCGCCAUUUGUGUGGGUUUGUGGAUCGAGCUGCUGCUCCACAAUGGCGUUCGUGAGUGCACUCCAGGUGUUCUACAGUAUGCCUGAGAGGGCUCUGCAGCGUAAAAUGGAGAUUUAUAGAAGCUGUGGGUGGUCCGAAGACGCGGCCACUUCGGUCUUCCUAAGGUUUCCCGCUUGCAUGGCGUUGUCCGAGACCAAAAUAAGAGCGAAUAUGGAUUUUCUGGUUAAGGAGCUGGGAUUCAAGCCCGUCGAGGUGGCCCGAUGCCCUUCGCUUCUGAGCUACAAUCUGGAGAGGAGGAUGAUGGGGAGGUGGAUGGUGGUCAAGGCUUUGGUUGCGAGAGGGUUGUUGAAGAAGAAGCCCAUCGCCGCCGCCGCCAUCUCCACCUUGUUCAAAAUGGCCGAGGACAAGUUCGUCAAGAGCUACAUUGUUUAUCAUCAACAAGAGAUUCCUCAGCUCCUCGACUUGUAUCGAGGCAACUUGAGCCUCUCUCAACUUCUAACGUCUGAUUGAAGUGUGUCGCGUGUUUGGUUGAUUGCUUAGCUUAUUCAAUCCUCAAUUUGAAUUUUGAUCUGUGACGAAUUUGGACAGUUGA